GUGUGUGUAGUAGUUGGCCCUGUAGUCACUGCUGUUUUGUAAUCAUACGUGGACCAGAAUCUCUGGUUGAUACACAAAAAGAAGCUUGCUGUAGUUGGUGUGUUGGAAUGAAUAGUCAAGGUUUCUCCACAAGUCCAGUGCUUGUAUGGGUAGACCAGACGGAAGGAUCCAUUUGGAGACGACAGAGCACAAGAUAAUCUCUAUUCACGGAGAGAGGAGAUGACAAAACUGGACAUGACAAAAACCUGUUGAAAAUAACCAAGAUCAACUGGAACAAACGACAGCUCCACGUAAAAAAUAACAUUGUCUUUGUUUAACAAAGCUUCAUUCAAAUGUGGCCUUCAUUAAACCCAAUAGAAAGCAAGGAACAAAGUCCUGACCAACAACCAUUGGCUUUAUCUCAAAUCAAUCAACUAUUUUUGAACCUCCCUCUGAACACAGCCUCUGAGCACCCUAUACGUCUCUGAUUCACGGCCAUGCCUCGCACUCAUGUGAUUUGCAAAGAGAAAAUACAUGCAAUACAUUAGUUGGAUUGGUUGAUAUUCCAGGCUUAUCUGUGCUGUACUUAGUAAAAGCCUAGGGGAAAGGUUACUCCCUCCUUGCCACAGGAAUUAUCAGCCUUUGCAGGCGUCAUCAGAUGCCACAGAUGCAAAUCUCUUUUCCCUCCACUGUGAGAGAGUCUCAGCAUAGCUACCUGUCAUGGCAGGCAAAGUGAUACCAACCCUACCCAAUGCUGGAGGGGGGGUGAUUCUCAUGGACAGUCAACUCAUGGACUCACUCUCAUUUCUAGAUGUCUUGAGUGCAAGUGAGUUUGAAGGAGAACAAAUCGACCCAGCAGUUGCUUUGGAGACUGAGACAGAUUUUUACAAGGGAACCCCACCUAAAUGGAUGAACUUUUACCUGGCCGAAGAGAGGGCAAACUCUGACAGCAGUGCCACACCUACAGGAGAAAAAAAGGACAUUGAAUGUAUCAGAAGAGAUGGUUAUGAAAAGCUGAGGGAACUCAUCAAAUUACAGAGACAGGGCAGUUGGAGUGUAAACAGUAUUAAGCUGUUGCACCAGCCAGGCAGCGGAGGAACCACCCUGGCCAUGCAAAUACUCUGGGACCUGAGGAAAGAGCUCAGGUGUGCUGUUCUAGUCGACCCGUCUUCUGACAAGAAAGAUUUGGGCAAACAAGUCCAGAAAGACCCCCUGUCGGACACCAGGAUUAUUGCUAAACAGGUGGUCGAACUUUUUGCUACCGGUGAUCCAGAAAACCAGAAUACAGUGCUUCUUUUGCAGGACAAUGAACACCUGAGGGACCACUUACAGGACUUCCUCAUCAGAGAAAUAACAGAGCAAAAAAUCAGUGCUCAAUUCCCAGUGGUCAUCGUUCUACAAUGCAUACGCUCGACCUGUAUCAUAGACGAUGAGGAGGAUGAGAGUAGAACUGAGGCAGAUUUACUCCUGAAAUCACGUCUUUCUGACAAAGAGAAAACAAGCUUUGUUAGCAAAGACAAACUAGUACAGAGGCAUCACAGAGACGAGAUGGGGAAGUUUCACGGCUUUAACAUAAUGCUAAAUAAUUUCAAUGAAGAAUACACGAGAAAAACAUUUUGUUCGGAAGAGGGAAAAGAAAUCAUCAAAUAUCUUCAGCAAAACAAAGUCUCCCGUAACACCAAACUUUUUGCCUUUUUAGCUCUGGUGAACUCCUAUGUUUCUGGCUCCUACCUCUUACAGUCACAAUGUGAGGCAUUCCUCAGCCAUCAAGACCCCUUUGGUGUGAACUUGUCAUUUGAGAAACGCAUGCAACCUUUCAGUGAUCUCAUAGUCACAUUCUCAAGACAUGGAGGAGAAGACAAGAGAGUCCGCAUAGCACACCCAGUACUUGCACAUCAAUGUGUUCAGUUGCUGGCAGAUGCUGGUAUAGCUAGGAGCUCAGCAACACUGGACUUUCUGCAGUACUUAACCAGACAACAAAUUCAGCCAUCCUUGUUACUGUUCUUCAAAGACAUGUUAACAAAGAGAGAAACAACCUCAAAUGGCCAAGAGAUCUUUUCCAGGUUAAUUCUAGAUAUCGAGAAACAUGAAGGCAUUCCCGAAUGUGCGAAUGUGUUGAAAACCGCAUCAGAAACAUUUAAACAUGAUCCGUUCUACCCUCAAUCUCUUGCACGUUUUUACUACAUCAAAAUGUCUGAUUUUACAAGAGCUGAGAUUUGGGCUGAAAAAGCUAAAGAGAGAGUUCCCACCAACUCAUUCAUUGCUGAUACACUGGGACAAGUUCAUAAGAACCAUUUGUUUAAACAAGUCAAUGGCAAAUCAGGUGAAAAAUCAGGGACCAGAGAUAUUUUGUUUUGGGCAGAGAAAGCCAUCAAGGCUUUCAAACAAGAGGAGGAGUUAGCUGAAAGGGAAUCAGUGAAUCACAUGGAGGGUGACAGUCCAACGAAAAUGUACCACACCUUCAACAACAGGGGAAUCUUUGGUUAUCUACAGGUUGCUAACAUGGUUUAUAAUUCCCUCACAAAUCUCAACCCAAAAUGGAGGAAAAUCCUUACCCAGGAAAUAUCAGCUGAACAUCUCUCGAUAUUGUCUGAGGACAGAAAGCUCAUGAAGUACCAGACUUUCAUCACCAGCCUCAGAGUUGCGGUUGAAAGGAAAUUUUACAAUUUUUUUGAGAGUUACCUCACUUACUCUGAGCCCAGGAACUGGAAGGAUCAGACACCAUACUUUCAGCGAAACAUUGUUGAUUGUUUUUGCAAUUAUACAAGUGCCCCCAGUCCAAAAGAGGAACUACCAUUAAAGACACUCAAAGAAAAAAUGGCCUCUACCUUUCCUGGCCUCUCCACCCUCAAUCGAAAUGCCAACUUGAGUAAAAUCACAGAGCUGUGGAAAAUAAUCAAUAAAGAAAACCCUGACGAUGUCAACACUGCCUGUAAUUACAUCCUGGCCAACAUCCUCCAGACCAAUGAGCCAGUGGCAUCUCCAGAACCUGCAACUCUACCACAACUUAGAGCCAUUCUUCAGAAGUUCAUGAAGAAAGAAAAUACCACACUUUGGACUCCAGAGUUUUACCUCCUUGUCCUUCUACUGUUUUGGCCCGAGGAGGCAAGAGAGGGCGAUGUCACCAAUGACAUUGAUCUUAACAAGUAUGUUGAGUGCAUGAAACAGGCCUUUGACAACAAAUACAAGAAGUACCUACAAUCUAGGGAACUUGUGCCCUUGUUUUACCUGGGUAAAGGUGCUGGGUUGAAAAGACUUGUUCACAAAUCAAGCAUAGACGACAUCUGUGUGGGUCUGAAAGAAAGGAAAUCAAGGACUCUCAAUAAAACAAGAGGCAGUGCAGAGAUCAGGGACACGUGCAUUCAGGAUCACCUUCUUCGUGUCAAUGGAGUGGUCAGAGUACAUAAAGCAUUUGCCCGUAUGGCAGAUAAAGAGAUCGAGAUUUGUCCCCAGAAACAGGCCAGUGUGUGGAAGGAUGGCAACAUUUCAUUUUACCUUGGCUUCAAUAUCCGUGGCCCUCAAGCUUUUGACAUAAAGUACACAAUGCCCACAGUGGGAUCUGGAGGAAAUGUUCAGAAACAAAGGGAUGAUGCCAUUGGAUCAGAGGGAACCAGAAUGGAAGAAUCAAAAACAUUCAAUCAACGGAUUCCAAAGGGCUUUAAGACUUCUAGCCACAUUCAUACCCCAACUCUUUGGACAGAACCUGAAUGGAAAAACAUCCAUCCACAAUUGACAAAAACCCAUUACAGGCUCCAGUGCCCCCAUGCAGGCCUGUUCCAGUGCAGGUUGACAGGGCUUAUGUUUCUGAUGGAGGGGGAGGGGGAGGUGCUUUACAGGACUGUCCAAUGGGACGACAGUCUCCUGCACUCCACAGGCCGGACACCUGCCGGACCUCUGUUCAGCAUUAAGUGUCCUCUGGGAUCUGUUCGUCAGUUACACCUCCCACACUGUGAGAUUUCCUCUGGGAAAGGCUUUGAUUCGUUAUCUGUGGCCCAUGUUACUGGUGACAGUGUGGAAGUUUUGCAGCCAGUCAGGGUGACUGACUCACAUGCGGUGGUGGACGUCCCAGACCUUUGCUUUUGGGGCCUGCUAUCCUACAUAUUCCCAUCCUCAGUGAAAGGCCAAGUGUUGCUGUUCCACAAACCACAACUCCGCAUGUCAACUCUGAACGUACAUUUACUUCCAGUGAACGUGCCUGUCAUUGAGGUGGAGAAGCUACAGCGGGCCUGCAGAUACAUUCCGAUCGCCUCCAACUGCCCGCUCACCUGUGGGGAAACAUACAAACUCUGCUGUGAUUCUGCCAUUAAAAACAAGAUACAACCAUUGAAGGAAAUGUUUCACCGAGACUACGGCCCCAACCACCACCCCACCUUCCAGGUGUUCCUGGAGGCUGGUACAGAGGAUGUGGAGCUUAGGCUUCUGAAGAGAGGGGAUGACGAGGUAUGGAUACGCCAAGUGCCACUAACCGGUAAGUUGCUAUUUAAACCCAUCCAGUCCCUUUACUGUGUCACUUACUCUGUGGCUGUCAUACACAUAUCUAUAGUGUAGAUCGUAUCUAUAUCUAUAGUGUAGAUCAGGUAUCUUCCAUCACAAGUACAUAUUUGGCAAAUGUAUCGCUUACUUUUCCCUGCCCCCAGAUACCCCCAGAUACUGCAUUGAUUGGUGGGCAGGAGGUCGAUGCUAAGGAUCAGCUGAUGUCUGUGAGGCAGAAGUUUGCGGAAACAGUAUCAGAGCCAAUAAUUAAAUGUCUCCUGGACGGGCUCCUGCAGAAGAAUGUGAUCAAUGAUUAUGAAAUGGAGUCAGUAAACGUAAACGCUGAGAGGGCAGACAAGGCACGCGCCAUCAUCAAAAUGGUGCUUAAAAAAGGACCUUCGGCAUGUUUGACAAUGAAAACACUUCUGUGUGAAUUAGACCAAUUCUUAUGCUCAGACCUGGGUUUGAGCUAGAACACUGUUGGAGAAUGAGACAACUUGUCGAGUAUACCCAUCUCCCGGCAUGAGUCUCUUGGCAAACAGUUACAGAUGUAAGAUCUUAAUUUGACCACCUCUGUUGCAGAACUGUCCUUUAAAACUUGAAGUGUAUUUUAUGUUUAAAAAGGCUUCUAAAGUUUGUAAUUUACAAAUUUCAGACUUGAUUUUACCUUAUGUAUUAACCUCUACAAAAUGUACUUUAAAUGUCCAUUAAUAUAAUAUAUUAAUAUUAAUAUAAUAUGAUAUUUCACAUUUCUUAUUGCUGCAGGAUUAUUUUCCUGCUGUUGGAGUCUGGCUCAAAUUAUUAAAGGUUAAGGAUCUGUCCCUUUUUUUUUCAAAUUUUCGCUUUAAAUGACAUACCCAAAUCUAAUUGAGGGUAGCUCAGGUCCUGAAGCUAAGAUAUGCAUUAUCGUGGUACCAUUUGAAAGGAAACACUUUGAGGUUUGUGGAAAUGCGAAAGGAAUGUAGAAGAAUAUAACACAUUAGAUCUGGUAAAAGAUCAUACAUGAAAAAACCAACAGCUUUUUUGUAUUUUUUUUCGUACCAUCAUCUGUGAAAUGCAAGAGAAAGUCCAUAAUGGUCCUUCUGUAGCUCAGUUGGUAGAGCAUGGCGCUUGUAACGCCAGGGUAGUGGGUUCGAUCCCUGGGACCACCCAUACAUAGAAUGUAUGCACACAUGACUGUAAGUCGCUUUGGAUAAAAGCGUCUGCUAAAUGGCAUAUAUUAUAAUGUACUAUUCUAGCCCAGGUGCAAUUUAGAUUUUGGCCACUAGAUGGCAGCAGUGUGUGUGAAAAGUUUUAGACUGGUCCAAUGAACCAUUGCAUUUAUGUUGCAAAUGUUGUAUCAAGACUGCCCAAAUGUGCCUAAUUUGUUUAUUAAUAAUUUUUCAUGUUCAAAACUGUGUACUCUCCUCAAACAAUAGCAUGGUAUUCCUUCACUGUAAUAGCUACUAUAAAUUAGACAGUGCAGUUAGAUUAGCAAUAAUGUAAGCUUUCUGCCAAUAUCAGAUAUAUCUAUGUCCUGGGAAAUGUUCUUGGUACUUACAACCUCAUGCUAAUCGCAUUAGCCUACGUUAGCUCAACCGUCCAGCAGGGGACCCACCAAUCCCAAAUAAGUUUUAAGAUCCUAUAUCUGUUCACAGAGAUGUCAUCACCCGGACUCGCAGAAUACCACUUCACAUUCAACACUGUACUGAGACAAAUCUCUGUUAACAAUAUUAACAUGUUUAAGAUGGCCAAAGUAUACAUUUUUUUUAAAGUUGGAUUGUGUAUUGUUGGAAGUGUUUAACAAAAUGUACAAAUGGUAAACAAUCAACAUGGAAGUUGUUAAAACGAACAGUUGGUCAUUAGCUGUUUACCAGCUCUUGUGGUAUAUCCGCUGUUGGGACAGCUUUAUGUAGGCUCUAACAGUUUGUGGGCACCGUUUGUCACCGUUAAAGUGCAAUUAAUGUAUUGUUUAUUGUUGUGUAGUGACUUUUCUGGCAUGCUUCCCACUUAUACAUUUUUUUAACGAUUUACAUGCUAAAAUCGCCAACUGAUUAGUAUCAUGUGGACUGAACAUGACUGAGUGCAAGACACAACAAAUCAAUCAAUCAAAUCAUACUGCAUACUGUAUGUUUAUGAUGUUUGCUAUUACCCACCCUUGUGAUCCGUAAAGGUAUUGGUGAAAUGA